AUGUACUUAGAAGUCAAUAAAAACCCUCGAGCACUAAAAUUACUUCCAUUUGCUACAGAUCAAAAGUGGGAAGAAACUGAAGCCCAAAUUCGUGCUAAAUUAUUAUUACUUGAAACUCAAGUAAAUGUUUCAAGUAAUCUUGAAGUAGAAAGAAGCCUAGUAACUAUUAAUGAAGAUCCUCAGGAUUCUCUAAGUGCCAAGUUGUGGGAUUAUUGUCAAUGCCCAAUAAUGUUACCGAAAAUAAAUUUAUACGGUACAUGA